AUGCACAUGCUCUGCGGCGCCCUCCUCGGCCUCCUCGCCAUGGCGGCCGUCGCGACCGCGCAGCAGCAGCCCCUCGACGCCGUCCAGAUCGUGCGGCAAAUCGCCCCCGCCGCCGCCGCCGCCUGCCCCGAGAGCAACGGGGAAUGCCGCACGGCCGAGCAGGCCGCCCCCUGGAUCGCCCGGGCCCUGCUGCAGCACGGCGUCUACUCGGCCGGCGAGAUGGCCGCCGUCAUCGCCCACAUGGCCUUCGAGUCGGCCGACUUCCGGUACAAGCACAACGUGAACCCGGGGCGGCCGGGCCAGGGCACCGCCAACAUGCAGCUGGCGCGGUACAACCUCCUGUACGCGAGGCACUUUGACGCCCUGCGGGACCAGGUCGCCAACAUCUCCUCGGUGGACGGGCAGGCCGACGGGGUGCUCAACCACAUCCUGUCGCUGGUGCAGCCGGACGAGUACAACUUUGGCAGCGGGCCGUGGUUCCUGACCACGCAGUGCGGCCGCGACGUGCGGGCCCGGUUGAGGGCCGACGUGGACGACGGCUUCGGCGCCUUCCUGCGGUGCGUGGGGGUCCCGCUGACCGAGGCGAGGAGGGCCUACUUUGAGAGAGCCAAGAAGGCGUUUCGCCUGGCGUAG